CUACAUGAACUUAUAUUGUGGUUAACCGCUGCUUCACGCGCCACGUGAGCGCGAGAUUGAAAAAUAAGAGUGUCUGCUAAGGAUAGUUAAACAUUUUGAAAGAUGGAUUACCUGCUUACGCUCAUUUCUAACGAGAAAACAUGAUUUGUCGACUCCAAAGAAACGUUGGGAGGUUUUUUUAAAUACUUUUUGAUGGUUGUAAAAAUAAACCACGUCAAUUAAAGCUAGUAACGAUCAGUUUCGCGAAAAGUUAAAAUUGGAAACACAAAAGUUUUUUCAGAGUUUAAUAAGAUUACCGAUAAGUGCAGCGCGAGCCAAUAUAAACUUAGCAAAUAGACUUUAAUGCGCCGAUAUGACAGUAAUGUAAUCAGCGGGAGGAAGAUACGUUAAAAUACGAAAACGCCGAGAUUUAUAGCAAACGACAAGAGGAUAUAGGAUUAACUCGGGUCUCUUUUAGAAUUAUAACGAAUAUCACCAACGUCGCAUUCAGGCGAUCUUCCGAAAGAUAUUUUGGUGACUUUUUGGGUGGUCUUAUGUUGUGAUUCAAGAAUUCAUUUUGAUAACUUUCCUGUAGAGUUUCAGCUAAAUUGAGUGAAAAGCUGUUGGAAUGAGACUUUGAUGGGUUCUUGGGUUAAGAUAAUGGAUGACUUGCUGUGAUUCAAGAAUUGGGGAUUUGCCCGGGUUAAGAAGUUGGAGAUUCAGAAAGAUCAACUAAAUAUUCUUGGAAUAAUGACAGUGCUUUAUUCGGAUUAUUAAACGGGUUUCUUGGAUUCCUCUCUUGCACAGUGUUUCAGUCAGAUUGUCUUGUGAGCGCGAGAUCUUUUUUAGUCAAAUAGGUUAUCAAAAUAGUGUUUAAACUUAGAACUUUGAUGGUAUUUCAACGAUAGAAAGUUUCCUGGGUUCAAACAUUUGAGAGUCUUUCAACUGUAUGGAUAAAAGGGGUCCGGGUGUAGGAAUUUUAUUAGUGUUUUAAUUAGAUUAUUAGUGUUUACAAUUAGUGUUUUCAAGAAUCAGUGUUUUAGAGAAUUAGUGUUUUAGAGAAUUAUUGUUUUACAGAAUUAGUGUUUUACAGAAUUAGUGCUUUACAGAAUUGAUGUUUUAAAGAAUAAGUGUUUGGUGUUUAAACGAAUUACAGUUUUAGAGAAUUGGUGUUUUAAAGAAUAAGUGUUUCAGAUAAUUGGUGUUUAAGAGAAUUGAUGUUUUAAGGAUUUGUUGUUUAAGAGAAUUGAUGUUUUAAAGAAUUGUUGUUUAGGAGAAUUGAUGUUUUAAGGAAUUAGUGAUUAAGAGAAUUGAUGUUUUAAAUACUUAGUAUUUGAAAGAAUAAGUUUUUCAGACAAGUGGUGUUUAAAAAGAAUAGAUGUUUAUGGAUUUAGUGUUUAAGAUAUUUGAUGUUUUAAAGAAUUAGUGUUUAAGAGAAUUGCUGUUUUAAAGAAUUAGUGUUUAAGAGAAUUGAUGUUUUAAAGAAUUGUUGUUUUUGAGAAGAUGUGCAGUAGACAGAUUACGAUGUAUUUGUACAGUAAUAUAUUGUUUUGUAUAUUAACAAUACCUAUUAUAGUCGUCUCUAGGAAUAUUGUGGAAGAUAAUCAGAAUGGUGCCAGUGAAGAGCGAUGGUUGUCCGAUGGGGUGUUUUAUGAUUAUAUGGCUGAUGCACCUGUAGGGAUGACGCCAUCCGAUCAAUUUGAUGAUAAAUGUCCACCUGUACCAGAGAACCUGUUAGAUGGUGCUUGUGAUGCUGUUAUAUGUAAUUCAGAUAGAGAAUGUUCUGAUGAAUCGUUUAAAUGUUGUUAUAAUGGAUGUACCUAUACAUGUAGACCUAAAGUUCAACCACCGCCAUUUGUUGAUUGGAUUCAUGAACCAAGAAGACGACUGAGUUCAGGUCGUUCCUGGUUGGUUAAUGGUCCAGAUACAGAACGAGAAGUUGAAAUCUGUAGUACCUCACCAGUAGAAAUAGACGAAGAUCCGUUAAUGUGUCCCCAUGGUUACUACUGUAAUAUCGAAGAUUAUGGUAACCCCAAGAAGGGAAUUCCAAAUAGAGGACACUGUGUAAAACAAGCAGACGAUCAAAAAUUAGAUACCAUAAAAGGAGAUUUGGCUGAUACGGGUAUUACAGACGACAGUGACGACAUGAUAUACAAAAAACAUGGCUGCCUUCUAGACGAUCAGUUAAUACUGGAACAGGCUACUAUACAGCUAGAAGGACAAAUCUGUCAUUGUAAAUCUGGUGAACUGGUGUGCGAAGAUGAAUAAUAAAAGAAGGCCGUGCCACUCUAUGACAUUCCAAAUAUUUGAAGCAAUUACUCUAUAAGACAUGAUCAAUGACGGACUGAAGGUCAUGACUGGAGGGGGGGGGGUCGCUGGGCCUAGCCCAAACACCUUAGGGGUUGUCUCCCCUGGGCGCGGAAGAAUAUUAAAACAAGAAUAACUGUAAAUUGUGCUUUUUCAAGUAUAUCCAAAGUGCAAAACCUCCAGAGAUGCUUUGCUUAUUAAUUUAUUGAUCAAAAACGACGUAAAUUCAAGAACAUUAUCUUCUAUAGGUGUCCCUGAACUUUUUAUAAUCACAGGUUUCUUCUCGGUUUACCCUUGGAUAUGAUGUCAGUGCGAUUGUAUGUUUGAAUUAAAAAAAAGAAAAUAAUUGAUCGAGGAACAAUGUUUGAAAAUCGAAUCUAUUGAAAUGUUGGAAGGGGGCGUUUUUAUACGUAAUAUAGUAAUUCUCUAUAAUUAUUGUACUUUUCAAUCAACUUAAUGAGUAAAAUGAAAUGGGGUUUAA